AAAACGGAUUUUAAGCGAGUCUGAGAGAAUCCGGCUACCUGGGCAAUCAAGUAGUCCUGGCGAUUUGUGACAGUCGCCCCAGACGAACUGUCAAUGCCAGUCGUUGUCCGGAACUUAUCGAUAUCACACUUGACCUUCUGAUUCCAAGCCAUACCAUCUCCAUCGCAAAAAAAAUUCCCUAAAACUUAAUUGACAGAUUUGGAGUUGGACUCGAGUUGUCGGAAAGAUUGUUGCGAGAUGACGGACAAGAAGACCGUUUCCAAACAGGAUGAGGAAAUCAGGCGGGAGAUCGCACGGGAAUUCGAUUUGCCGGAGCGCAAGUCCAAGAUAGCCACCAUUCUAAAGCAGGAAGGGCAGGCGUACUGCAUAUGCCGCUCCUCCGACUGCUCCAGGUUCAUGAUAGGCUGCGAUGGUUGCGAGGAGUGGUACCACGGCGACUGUAUAGGGAUCACCGAGAAGGAUGCUGAGCACAUCAAAAAGUACUACUGCCGGCGAUGCAAAAAGGAGAAUCCCGAACUGCAGACCAUAUUCCGCCUGGUGGACACCGAACGGGCAGCCGCAUCGAACGCCGCCUCUACUAGUCUCAAUGCCCCAGGCGUAAGUCCAUCGGGCGCUGCGCCUGCUGCUGCACCGGUGGCGCCCGCAACAACCAGCCAGCAAGCGCCGCCACCGACCACUGUGGCUGCGAUGCGCAAAAACAACAGCGCCCGAGAACCAAAGGAGUCGGGGCCGACUGAAGUACGCCCACGUAGGAAGCGGAAGAAGGCGACACCCAAGACUCGCAAUAUCCAGGUGGGCCCGCGGGAGGCCAGUCCGGAGAUAUUCCUUAAUCCGGAGCUACAGGGCAUCCGGCAGUGCCACGGACCCAAUUGCUGCUCCGAAGCGAGGCCGCAGAGCGAGUACUGCAGCGAUGAGUGUAACGCCAAUUUUGCCGUCGAAGGCCUCUUUCAGGCUCUGCCGCAACAAAUGCAAGAUUGGAAUAUUACGCCCAGCCAGGCCGCCGAGGCAACACGCAAGCUUCUUGCCGAUGCAGAAGAGCCCGACAUGGACGAGCGAGUGAGAAAACAGCAGGAGCAACUGGCGGAGGUAGAGAAGCAGAGGCAACUGAUACAGACACAGGUGAAACAGUACCAGGAGAAGCAGAAGCUAUGGUUGCAGCAACAACCACAGCACCUGCAACAACAACACCAGCAGCAGCAGCAAAAAGAGCAGGAGCUACAACAACAGCGGGAGCAGCAGCAACAAGAGUUUCUGCAGCAACUGCAUUUGGAGCCACAUCAUGUGCAGCAAGUGCAAGAGAAAAUGCAGCUGUUGCAGCAGAAGUUUUGGCUGCAGCAGCAGUUGCAAGAGUAGCAGAAGACGGCCCCAUUCCCACAGAAAACACAAGCCAAGGACUAGCAAUAAACGGACAUGCAGCAGCAACAACAGUUGCUGCGUCUACUGCACUUGAAGCCACAUCAUUUGCAGCAACUGAAACUGCAGCUUUUGCAGAAACAGCAGUUGCACCAGCAGUAGAAGAAUGCCCAAAUCCCACAGAAAACUCAAACUAUCUACCUGCAGAAAAAGCCAUAGAUUUGUAGUCCUCUAAUCAUAGCAAAAACUAACAAUAAACUGACAUGCAAGAAAUA